CAUUAAAAAUUAUGACUGAUCAACACAAAGCAUCCAUAACCUCUUGUAAUACGCACAAAAAUUCAAUUUCAUCAUGUCUUGAUUUGCCUGGGAUUAGGCUUCGUUCAAAUUCUUGUAGUGGUCUACCUGGUGAUCAACAACAAUUAAGGGCAAGUUGCCUUGGGGCUGCUGACUUGAAUGCUUCCAAUUCAGCACUGGAUUGCUUGCCUAGUCAAACAUUUGCAAAGGACCCUUUCUUAGAAUCGAGCUUGGCUAUACGUAAAUUAUCUCAAGCUUUUGGUGAGGAAAUUUAA